GCAGGCGCAAUUUCUUGCACAAGAACAAACAUGGCGGUCAUGAUGGAGAACACGUGAGGGAACGCUUAGAAAUGGGAAAGAAAAAGAAGCAGUUUAUUGACAAGAAGAGUGCUCACAGCUUCCAGCUAGUUCAUCGGAGUCAGAAGGACCCUUUACAAGCUGAUGAAGAGAGUUCGAAACAUGUCUUGUUACCGGUAGAUUCCGGCAGUCAGGGUGCAAAUGAAACUGAGUCUGUUGCCAGUGACAAACGAAGAAAGAAGGAAGAGGAGGAACAACAUGGCAUUUUCUUUGAUGACGACUAUGACUACUUACAACAUGUCAAGCCUCGCACAAACAUGUCGCUGGAACCCUUACCAGAAAAUGUUACUGUCAUAGAGGCCAAAAAGCCAUUGCCUUCAGAUCAUUUGGAGUUUGGUAGUGUAAAGUUACCAAGUGAGGCAUUUGCAUCAUCAUAUGAACAAGAUGAAGGCUUGCUUAGCCUUGCUGCUCCAACAUCAGGACCUCGUCCAGACUUGGAUCCUGAUAUAGUCGCAGCUUUGGAUGAUGCACUUGAUCUGGACGAUCCUGAUAACAUUCUAGAUGAUGACUUUAUUUUAAAGGCAAACAAAGAAGGCUCAGAAUAUGAAAGCGAUGACGACUUAAUCAGGAGUGAUGAUGAUGAUGAGGACGAUGAUAUGUUCCCUUCAGAUGAAGCGGAAGAGUCUGAUGAUGGAAUGUCUUUCUUUGAGGAAGAAGAAACAAAGUCAAGAUUUACAAACUAUUCCAUGACAUCAUCCGUCCUGAGAAGGAAUGAAGGUCUGAAACUUAUUGACGAUAGAUUUGAGAAGGUAAUGGAAGAGUACGAUGAAGAUGAAAUUGGAGCACUUGACCAUGAAGAAUUAGAGGGGACUGUCGGCCCAGACAGUGAGCGACUUAAUGCAUUAGCUGACGAAUUUAUUGAAAGCCAACAAAAUCAAGACUUGCCCAAGAUGAAAGAGAGUGAAGCUGGCAUGAAGUGUGAUAAUGAUGAUGACAGUGACAACUCACCAGAUGAAUUGAUCAAAAUCACAGAAGAACCUAAGGAAAAAUGGGACUGUGAAUCAAUUUUAAGUACUUAUUCAAACCUUUAUAAUCAUCCUACACUGAUCAAGGAUACUCCAAAGGUAAAACCAAUCAAGUUAUCCAAGGCUGGAAUUCCACUUGGUGUAUUCUCCCANUCCCACCCCGACAAAAAGGUUUUUUCGAUCUAA